UCAAUAAAAGGAAAUUCAAAAUGUUUUUCAAUUGCAAUUUCGCCAAGAAAUUAAUACAAAUUUGUUUCCUCCGGAUUGCGUAUAAGAGGCUAAUUGGUUUCGUAUUCGGCGCAUUCCUAUCAUAUUUGACCUUUUUUAUAAUGAUUACACAGAUGGACGUUUCUCUGACACUAGCAACUUGGCUCAGUUCAGCAAUUUCUUUGUUUUUAUGCUUCGGAUUGGCAUACAGCAAAAAUGUUCAAUGCGUAACGCUGUUAAUGUUACCUCAAGUGUGCAGUAAACGGGGACGAUCAAUGCUAGUUGCUUAUGUAUUUUUAAUAACACUAUCAGGUCCGGCUGCGAAUGUAAUUGAAAAUAUCGGGGUACUAACAGCUAGUCUGUCUUGUGGUGAAGAGCAACUGAAAACAGCAUUUCGAGAAAUUUUUCAAAUGAUGAAAGAACCGAUGCUAACGAUUAAAAGGGCAAUCACCGACGUUAUCAGUAAAAUCAAGAGAUCAUUGCUAAAAGUUCGAAAAGUUUUCGUUAGGAUCAAAGAACUUAUAACCAAAAUCGUUAGGAACAUCAAGAAGGCAUUCAAUUUCUUGGGAAAAAUUGUAUUUAUGUGCAAUAAGAAAAUGGGAAGUCCUUUUCAACGAUGCAUAGAUGCAUUGGAAAGAGGUGCAGCCGAUUGUAGCAAGGCUCUCGGCCCCCUGGACGUUGUGUGCAAAGUGACAGAAUUGGUCCAACCGAUUUGUUUCAAUUUGAAAAUUUUAGAUUUAAUGUGCGGGCUUGUGGAUUUUGCUAGCGAUUCUAUCAUUGACGUUGUCUUGAAAGAUCUUGAGGAAUUCAUUGAUAGAAUCCAUAAAAUGUUUUACGUUUCGGUCACUUUCACUAAGCAUUCAUUCAACUUCAAAACCAAUUCAUCGAAGUCGUUGGCCACCAUAAAAGAAGAAAUUAUUGCUGACAUCAGGAAACAAGCGUCGCUCAUUUACGUUUUCAGCUUUUGGAUGGAUAUUAUUUCCUGUCUGAUGUUCCUGUGGACUAUUUCGAAGGUUGUUAGGUACAAACGGAAAUUUUUAUCGAGAAACCGAUACGACAACACAUAUUUGAGCAAACAGUUGAAAGCAUUCGAUGCGAAACGCAAAGAUUUACAACUAGAAACUGCUCUGCCAUUGAGGAGGAAAGAAAAACGGAAAUACGUUGAGCUGACCAGUCUCCAGCUUCUCAGAAAAGAAAGAUUUCGAAUAGCGAGACAGGGAUUCUUCUUAUUCACGUCAACUACGUAUAUGCUUUUGAUCAUUUUAACGGAUUACAGCCUUUUCUGGUUGCUCAGUACAAUAAGAUAUGCUGCAAGAGCUGAUGAUGACGUUGAACUACCGCCUUUCAUGUCGGUUACUGUCGGUGGUAAUGGAAUUUUUGUGGAAAUCGUUAAGGGAAUCGUAGAUGCUAUGACGCCAGCUACAAGUAGCUAUAAAAUAGAUGUAACCCCAUGUCUUCCGUCGCCUUCGGUACCCAACACAGACCGAUAUGUACAAAUUGUGUUUUUGAUUGCAAUGUCCUGGAUUUUGCUGGUAUUCGAACCCUAUGCACUGAGACUGCGACAAAUCAUAAUGAACCGAAUGUAUCCGGAAAAGGCAAACGAAAGGGCCGCCUGGCUUUGUAACCAGAUAAUCCGUAAACGGAUUUCGUUCGCGAAGUUCGCUAGAAGAAAAGCACGGCAACAAUUUCGAAACGAUUCCGGAGCAAAGAAUCUGUCCAUUCUAAACUUUUUGAGAGUGAAAUUGAAUCGGUUCUGGAUAGUUCGUAAGAUACUGGGCGAAGAUAUGACAUGUACGUUAUGUGCCAUCAACAGUAAAAAAUUGAAGAAAUGUGAAUCGCUGAACUGUACAGUCAAGUACUGCGAAGAAUGUAUUUCUCUAUUGAAAGGAACUUGUCCGAUUUGUAUGAAUCCGGUUGAAUAUGGUGAUUUGAGCGACAUUUCGGAAGAACUGUAA